AUGUUGGAAGUCGAAAUUAACUCGGACAAGACUGAUGGGAAAUUAUUAUUGAUUGCUGCUGCUAGUGGGAAAAGGAGCACCGUCAAACUGUGCCUUAAUUCGAGAAAAUUUGAUAUCAACGCCAGGGAUCAUUUCGGUCUGUCGCCACUUUUGUUAGCUGCACAGUCUUUGUACGACGACUCCGAUAUCCUCCAGUUAUUGUUGGACAUGGAUACUGUUGAAAUCGGCGCAAGAGACUACGAGCACAAAAGGACAGCGCUAUUAUGGGCGGCUGAUGCGGGAUCUGUGAAAAAAUUCACAACUCUAUUACAGACAGGCAAAUUUGAUAUCAACGAGAGGGAUGUAAAUGGCAUGACUCCAUUUAUAUUGGCUGUCCAACAAUACCGCUCGGAUAUUGUUGAGUUUUUGCUCAAUGCAGAAGGGGUUGAUCUCUAUACAAGAGACCACAAGCAUAAAAGAACGGCGCUGAUGUGGGCUGCUUACGCUGGACAGGCGAAAGUUUUUCUAACCCUAUUACGCGCAGGCAAAUUCGAUAUUAACGAGACUGAUGCGCAUGGCCUGACUCCGUUUUUAAUAGCUGCUAAGAAAGGCAAGGCAGAUAUUGUUAGAAUUCUGCUAGAUACAGAUGGGGUUGAUCUCUAUAGAAGAGAUUCCAAAUAUGGGAGAACAGCAAUGAUGUGGGCUGCUUCAGUUAUGAAUCCGGCACCUUUUUUCCUAUUAUUGCAUUCAGGGAAGUUUGAUCUGAAAGAAAAGGGUUUGGAUGGCCUUGAUUCAACUGAAAUCGCUAUUAAAAGGAAGAAUAGUGUCCAUGUCUCUUUAUUGAAGAUGGAUCAGGACCAGAUUAAUAAUUGGUAUACAAUAACUUGUAACAAUAUCAUGAGGCCAGUAACGGAUUAA